UAAUGUAUGGACUCCUGAAAACUGCAGCUGAAGAAAUGCUUUCUAAAGCAAUUCGAACUUAUACUUUUAAUGAUUUGAUUGUUAUUGGUAGACAUCCAUACAAAAGUUUACCUGAAAUGUUAGCAUAAUACCCAAACAAUGGAGUAGGAUUCAAAGUUUGGAGAAAGACUUGGCCAGAAAAUAAAUAUAUAAUUAUUACUGAGGCACAUUUUAAAGUAAGGGAUUUAUUUUACAGAAUUUAAGGGAUUAAGAAAUGGCAAAUUUUUUGGUAUUUAAUAUUACAAUGGCAGACCACUUACACCAUAACCAAUAAAAAUUAGAAAUUGUAGUAAGAGAGGAACCUGGAAAUAUGAUACAAACAAUACUUCAGGAAUAUCUGCAAAUGGUGUUUACUUUAGUUCAGAUGAUUUGAAAGAGUUUUCAAAAUUACAUUAAAAUAGAGAAUAAAAAGAGUGAUA